AUGAAAACACCAAAGAAACGAGUAACGUUAAAGACUCCUAAAAGGAGUACUAAGAGCACAUUUAAAUCUACUGGACACACAAAAGGGGUAAAAGAUGAAUCAGAUUCCGUUACUAAAAAAAAAGACAGCCCUUCUAAAUUUAUUGCUGAUUUGGAUAUAGAAAUAAAAAAUACAGAGAAUGAGUUAAUAACAAGUUUACAGAAGGAAAAUGAGUUACUUAGAAGUACUAACCUGUAUGUAAAAUUUUUAGGAUUAGAUAUUACACAGGUGGGUGAUAAAUAUGUGGUAAAAUACAACGUAAACAAAGAUAAUAGAUUUUUACAUUUCGAACUGGUGCCUGAGGAUGAUAUGUACGUUUAUUCGUUGGUGCGAUCAGAGAACAUCGAUGAGUUGGGUGUUCUUGGGGAUGAGAUCAGUUUUGAAAAAGAACAGAUUGCAAAGUUCUUUUAUAAAGUGAUGGAGAUUAUGAUUUCUGAUUAA